UCGCUAGUCACAGGAGCCACAAUGGCGUUUGUAGUCUCCUUGAGAUAGGGCUGUGGAUGAUAUUAAAUCCACUAGCAUCGCCCUAAAUAUAGGCCUGGUUGACUUCCAGAGCCAUUGAUAAUAAACUGGAACAUCUACUGCACACGAAAAUACUAUAAUUUCUUAUCAAUAUUGAGUUUAUAGGGAGUAAAACUUACAUUAAAGGGAACAUUUAAAAACAGCACCAACCGGGUCAAGUUUUCAUUUUGUUCCCGAGAAACGAGCGUCUUUUUCCACUGAAGACGUCGUUUCUGAACGCUUAAGACCGUAAUUCUGUGGAAUAAAAAAACUAAACUUAAGGACAGCUUUCACAAAAAGGGACUUUUUUUUUUAUUUUUGUCAUUUUUUUUGGUCGUUUUCACGAGGCUAGCGGUGCUAGCUACGUUGAGACUGCUGGAGACGACAACACACAAUGUUCCCGUGUUGCUCCGUUUGGACCUUUUUCCACCGCAGAAUAAUCCAAAGUGCACUAAGGGCUUGACCGCCUUUUCGUGCUGUUUUUCUGGGAUCUAAAGCGGAAUGAAUCGGCGCUGCUGAGGAGGACUAGGACGUGAGCGGGGGCCUCGACCUGUUUGUGUGCUUUUUAUUUCCUGCUUUCUGCUUUAAUAAUAUUUUUUUUUUGUAUUUUUUCUGUGUGGGGGAGCAGCUGCUGUUUUUACACUGUGAAUGAAUGAGGUAUGCCCGGGUCGGACCGACACCAUGGGACCAAGAGGAAGUCGGAUUCCCGCACACACCUGAGCCCGGCUGCGACCCACACCUCCGAGGGAGACAUGGCCAGCAAAGACCCCAAACUGCAGCUCAAAUCCUCCUCCACGUCCUCUUUUGCAACCAAACGCAAGCGGCAUAAAUCAACCAGACACAACCGGGACUCGCUGCCGGGAUCCGGAGAUCUGACCCCCGGCGAAGCGGGGGCGCCGCCUGGCGUCCACGCCGUGAAACCUCUGGUGGAGUACGACGACAUCAGCUCCGACUCCGACACCUUCUCCGACCCGCCCUCCUCCAGGCCGUCCGAGAAGGGCUGUGGGCCCGAGCUGUCGCCGGACUACGACCCGGAGGAGGUGGGAAAAGAGAGCAGGGGCCACAGACGCUCCAGGAAAAAGUCUAAAGACCCCAAUAAGAUUAGAGACUCCGGCAAUGGUGAGCAUGGAUUCAAAAAGAGGAGCAGCAAAGACAGUGAGAAGGGGAUCUCGUCGAAAAGCAAGGAGAAGAUCACUCCCUCAUCAUCCUCGUCGUCAUCCAAAUGCCAGCUGCAGAUGGAGGGUGACACCAAAAGAGGGGAGCUGCUCUCCCCGCAAGUGCAGCCUGCAGUCAGUGUGAGUGUAGGCAGCACCACCUCAUCCGCAUCCUCGUCCCGCAGCAAGGAGAGCAGCCGCUCAGGGAAGUCCAGGAAAGACAGGCAGCAACGCAGAGAAGGCCGAGGGGAGGGAGGCCACGGCUCCUCUCAGAGGACCAGGACGGACAGGACCCACCGCAAGUCCUCCAAGAGCAACAAGUCCAGCCCCAAGGGCAAGUCUUCCAGCAGGAAGGGCAACAGCUCGGCCCUGUCGCCCAGUCCCCGGAGACGGGCCGGCAGCGAGAGCCCACCGGGCGGCUAUGGACAGCAGGGGGAGGACGGCUACUCCAGGAGGAGGACGGCGGUCCAGCACAGCCCCAGCCCCUAUGGGGACCUGUCUCGCCGCAGCAGGCAGAGGUCAGACAGCCCCUACGGCAGCAGACACAGGUCCUCCAGCUUCGAGCGAGACAGCAGUCCCUACUCAAGGAGACGCUCCAUCAGCCCCUACGGUACCCGCAGAUCGUCCAGCACCAGCCCCAUGUCUAGACGCUCAGGCCGCUCCAGAAGUCGCUCACCACCGCUUCAUUACUCUUCAUCUCGCCGCUCUUCUUCUCGCUCCCGUAGUAAGAGACACACUUCCUCUGGAGCCGGCGGGAGCUCCUACAGUAGCCGGCCAGCGAGCCGCUCCCCUCCCUCCUCCCGUCUGCCCCUCAACUCCAGCUUAGGAGCCGAGCUAAGCCGCAGGAAAAAGGAACGCCAGGCUGCAGAGGCGGCCAAUGCAGCUCGUGCCAAUGCAAGCGGCGCUGCGUCCCCUUUACCAACGACGCAACGCAAAGUUGCAAGCUCUGCACCAUCGCGGCCUGCUAAACCUGAGCCACCGCUAGAAAGAGACUCGACGACAGCAGCAGAUACUCAGCUUCCAAAUGCUCAGUUGCCCACCAGUGCUCCCAGUGCUGAGGAACAACUUUCAGUACCUGUACCUUCCUCCUCCACCGCAUCACCCGCACCGCCUCCUCCAGAGCCCUCCCUGCAGGCACCGCCCUGUCCAACCCCACAGGUACCACAGCCCCCUCCUCCACCACCUCCUCCUCAGCCUGAAACAACUAUUCAGCCCCCUACGAAUCCCACGUCCCAGGCCAAAUCACCAGGUUUGGUUCCCGCACGCAGCCCGGUCCGCCAGACGCCUCUGCACAAGACGUCAACCCUGCCCCCCUUGCCUUUACCGCCUGCACUGCUGGGAAACGCUCAGGGCAGUCCAAAGAAGUCCACCCCUCCUCAGAGGUCAUCAAGAAAAGAGAGAGAAGUUCGCAGCCGGACUUCUAUCAUCGACCUUCCUCUACCGCCCACUUUGUCUGGAGCCGACGCGUCACCUCCUCAGUCCCCUGUCCGCCAGCCUCCUCCGCUUCCCCAACCAGCCCUCAAGAAGAGACCAAAGAUUUGCUGCCCACGAUACGGUGAGCGUAAACAUAACCUGAGUGACUGGGGCAAACGCUGUGUAGAUAAAUUUGACAUAAUCGGCAUCAUUGGUGAAGGCACCUAUGGUCAGGUGUAUAAGGCGAAGGACAAAGACACGGGUGAACUGGUUGCUUUGAAGAAAGUGCGUUUGGACAAUGAAAAGGAGGGUUUCCCCAUCACAGCCAUAAGAGAGAUUAAGAUCUUACGCCAGCUCAAACACCGCAGUGUUGUCAAUAUGAAGGAAAUAGUCACCGACAAGCAGGAUGCACUUGACUUUAAGAAGGAUAAAGGUGCUUUUUACUUGGUGUUUGAGUACAUGGACCACGAUCUGAUGGGCCUACUGGAGUCGGGCCUGGUGCAGUUCUCCCAUGAACACGUUCGCAGCUUCAUGCGUCAACUGAUGGAAGGUCUGGACUACUGCCAUAAGAACAACUUCUUGCACAGAGACAUCAAAUGCUCCAACAUACUGCUCAACAACAGAGGUCAGAUCAAACUUGCUGACUUUGGUUUGGCUCGACUUUACAAUUCAGAGGAAAGUCGGCCGUACACUAAUAAAGUAAUCACACUAUGGUACCGGCCCCCCGAACUCCUGCUGGGGGAGGAGAGGUACUCCCCUGCUAUCGAUGUCUGGAGUUGUGGGUGCAUUCUGGGAGAGUUAUUCACGAAGAAGCCCAUCUUCCAGGCGAACCAGGAACUUCUUCAACUGGAGCUCAUCAGCCGUCUGUGUGGAAGUCCCUGUCCUGCAGUCUGGCCCGAUGUCAUCAAACUUCCCCUCUUCAACACCAUGAAACCCAAGAAGCAGUACCGGCGGCGACUACGAGAGGAGUUUGCUUUUUUACCUACUCCUGCUCUGGACCUGCUGGACAGAAUGCUGACCCUCGACCCUGCACGUCGAUGCACUUCGGAGCAAGCUCUUUUCAGUGACUUCCUGUGUGACGUAGAGCCGAGCAAGAUGCCGCCACCAGAUCUUCCCCACCACCAGGACUGCCACGAGCUGUGGAGUAAAAAGAGAAGGCGUGCACGCCAGAGCGGUGUGCCCGAGGAAGUGCCUGUGCCCAAAGUGCCGCGUAAAGAUGCAACUGGGACCUCCGGCGGAGAGAACAGUCGACCACAGAACAGCCCAGCUGGAGCCCCCCCGCCGCCUCCACCUGGAAAACCCUCCACCGCCAGCUUAGAGAGUGAGUUGUCAGGGCUGGGAGCGGCUGGAGAGCAACUGAAUCAAUCAGAGUUGGCCGUGCUGCUGAACCUUCUCCAGGGGCAAACUGACCUCAGGAUGCCCCAGGUGGCCCAGCUCCUCAACCUUUCCAACCAAGAGACUAUUACCCAGUUGGUGUCUGCCCUUAAUGACGCCCCUGAGCCCCCCGGGGCUCCGGAGGAGCCGCCCCAGCCCCCCGCCGUGCCCCAGCCUCCGGAGCCGCCUCCCGAGCCGCCCGAGGGCUCGCCCACAUCUGCAGAGCCGCCGCUCAGCCAGGAAGACCAGGCCAGCCUCCUGGCCCUUAUUUUGGGGCAAAUCAUAAAACCACAAACCGAGGGACAAGGAGAUGAAAGCAAUGGCGUUCAGUCAGAGGAGGCGCUUACGCGCGGUUCGUCCACUUCUACUACUGAUGGCAAGGAUGGUGCAGUGUCAAAAAGGAAAGCACUGGUCGCCAGCCGGGCCCCCCCGCCCGGCGAGCAGCGCCCCCCUUCUCCGCCCGGGCCGCCCCCAGCUCAGAACUCCCAGCAGGCCCGGCCAGGAACCCAGCCGGGCCAGGACAUCAGCCCCGCCGUGGCGGCCGCCCUGCUCCAGCUCAUCUCCCAGCAGGACGGGGAGGCCGGCGCCGCCAAGCAGAGCAGAAACCCUUCUCCGGGCACGGACCUCCCGGCCCGGGCGCAGCCGCCUCCAUCCUGGGCCGCAGACUCUCCACCCAAACCCUCGGCUGCUGCUGCCGCGGAGACUCCUGCAGAACUGGUGACGGCGGCUACCAACGCCGCAGCGCAGUUCCCCAAAGAUCAGGACCUCCGCUUUUCCCACGGCGCCGCCCGCUGACACCUCAGUCCUCUGGUGAGGGGAACUCUGGUAACACGGGGCGGCUGCAGCCAUCCUGGCCUGAAGGGGAAGGGAAGAUGGAGAAAUGCAGAGGAGCACCCACAGAAAGUAACUCACUGGACCAGGAGCAGGUAGUGAAAGUCGAAUCAUAGAUUUUGAAAAUGAAUGUCUAAAUAGAAGAGAGAGAGGUUUUUUUUUUUUUUAAGGUUACGUCACAAACAUCUGGGCUCUCUGAACGGGCUGCUGUGUUGUUCCGGUGGGAGCAUCGUAACCUGGCGUUGGUCUGUCCUCUGUUAAAGUAGGAACAGUCGCCAUCUGCAAAUCUCUGCUCUCUACUUAACUCUCGAAGGUUCUGGUCUUGAAUGAAAUGCCUCUUUUGUAACCGAGUGUAAACACAGCUGACACUCAAGUUUGAAAGCAGCAAAGAGCUCCCUUUUUUCUUUUCUUUUCCCUUCUAAACAAAUGAUUGUUGUAUCCACUGCGGUGCCCACUUCCAACAGGAUCAUUAGCAUUUUGGAGGAAGUGGUUUUCUGUUGAAACGUGCACGAUGGCUCCCGUUUGCAGCCUUAUGCGACAUCAGCGACCCAUGAAUGAUCUCGGCCUUGGGAGAAAAGAGAGGGUUAAGUUUCUCCUUUAGAUAAUACGUGUGUAUUUGCCUUUUUUUUUUUUUUUUGUUAAUGUUACCCAAAGGCAGUUUAAGGCAGUGGUAUCCUGGCCUCCCCCAAGCUUAACUGUGAUAGGCCACCUGAAGGCAUCGCUCUUUUACUUGUGUUGUAACAGGUCUGUAGUACCCAUGCUCCUGUCUCCGGAAUGGAUUAAACAAACUGAUGAACUUCUACAUAACACAUGCUUUUCUCCACGAUCAAGUAUAACGCCAGAAACAGAAAAAAAAACCUCAGCUUUCCAUGGUGGGCCCUAAAAGCCUCGUCUAAAUAUGUGUGCCCCUCAUCUCACUGUUUGAACAAGAGCUUUUUUUUUUUUUUUUUUUUUUUUUUUGGUGCAGUUAUUUUCUACAUAAAUAAGCUUAAAAAAAAAGAUAAUGGUCAGUCAUUCUGUUUCCUCUUUUCUUUUUUCUCUUUUUUUGCUUUGGAACAAGAACGGGCGGAGAGAAUCGUUUAUUGUGACUGUAAGAAAAAAAAGAAAAAACCCCAGAUAUUUUGUAAUGUGUUUUUCUUGGUUCAGUUUAUUAAAGGAAGCUAUGCGACCAGCUGAAUCGUUUCU